CCUCUUUUCCUUCAAAACCCUAGUUUUCCUCUCCCGGCGGACGUCCGCUUGGAAAACCCUAAAAGAAGAAUCUUUCUUCUCCUUAUUCUCAGUUUAGGUUCGAUUUGGAGAGGCUUUCAGGCCGCGGAGAUGGCGAAGAAGAAGGAGAAGAAGGUUAACGUCUCAGGGAAGCCGAAGCACUCCCUGGACGUCAACCGCAGCAAUGGAGCCGAUACGAAGGGCGCUCGGACAGCCGCCACUGUGCGGCGGCUUAAGAUGUACAACACCCGGCCCAGGCGGGACUCGAAGGGGAAGAUCUUGAAACACGAACUCCAGUCCAAGGAGCUUCCCAACUCCCGCAUCGAGCCCGACCGCCGAUGGUUCGGUAACACACGGGUCGUGAACCAGAAAGAACUUGAAUUUUUUCGCGAGGAGCUUCAAAACCGACUUUCAAAUAACUACAAUGUUAUACUAAAAGAGAGGAAAUUACCACUGUCCCUUUUAAAUGACCACCAACGGCAAGCAAAGGCACAUCUUCUUGAUACAGAGCCUUUUGAGGAUGCAUUUGGACCGAAGAGGAAAAGAAAACGCCCAAAGCUUUUGGCAUGUGAUUAUGAAUCUUUGGUUAAGAAAGCAGAUGGGUCUCAAGAUGCUUUUGAGCAGAAAUCUGCUGCUAGGCAAUCUAGGGAGGAGGAUGAAGAAUGUGGCUUAAGAGACGUGGUCAGGCACACAAUGUUUGAAAAGGGGCAGAGCAAGCGUAUCUGGGGUGAACUCUACAAAGUUAUUGAUUCUUCAGAUGUAGUUGUCCAGGUAAUAGAUGCUAGGGAUCCACAGGGAACAAGGUGCCACCAUUUAGAGAAACAUUUGAAGGAGCACUGCAAGCACAAGCACAUGAUUCUUUUGCUGAACAAGUGUGAUUUAGUUCCUGCAUGGGCAACAAAAGGAUGGCUGCGGCUGCUAUCAAAAGAAUACCCUACACUAGCAUUCCAUGCAAGCAUCAACAAAUCCUUUGGCAAGGGUUCUCUUCUAUCAGUAUUGAGACAAUUUGCUCGUCUGAAGAGUGACAAGCAGGCCAUAUCAGUGGGAUUUGUUGGAUAUCCUAAUGUUGGGAAGUCAUCAGUUAUUAAUACAUUACGCACAAAAAAUGUCUGCAAAGUGGCUCCCAUUCCCGGAGAGACUAAAGUUUGGCAGUACAUUACUCUUACCAAGAGGAUCUUUCUAAUUGAUUGUCCUGGAGUUGUAUAUCAAAACAAAGAUUCCGAAACCGAUAUAGUCCUUAAGGGUGUGGUGCGUGUCACAAACUUGGAAGAUGCAUCUGAACACAUAGGAGAAGUCCUGAAGCGUGUAAAGAAGGAGCAUCUGCAAAGAGCUUAUAAGAUUGAAGACUGGGUUGACGAGAAUGAUUUUCUUGUCCAGCUGUGCAGAUCAACAGGAAAACUAUUAAAGGGAGGUGAGCCUGAUCUAAUGACUGCAGCAAAGAUGGUCCUCCACGAUUGGCAAAGAGGUAAAAUACCUUUCUUUGUGCCCCCACCACAACAUGAGGAAGGUGAUCCAUCAGAAAAAUCUGAUUUGCCUGAUGCAAGUGAAGAACCAACAAUUAGCACGGACCGGACCGCUGCUGCUAUGAAAGCCAUUGCUGGUAUUAUAUCAUUCCAGCAGCUAAUGCAUGUUCCUGCUCAUAAGGGCUUGUUCAAUGGUGGCGAAACAGAGACUGAAAAGAUAGAGCACCCUCCUCAAGAAGAUGCCAACCCAACUGAAGUCUAGUCAAAAUUCCCUGCAGCUCAAUUCAUUCCUGAAUUUUGGAGAAUAAUGAGAAGAAACAGAGGCCUUCUGUUCUUUGUUCCUCUCUGGGGCUGUAUCUAUGUAUGCUAAUUGGUUUUUGAACAUUUAAAAGUAUCUGGAAGCUGGGAAAGGUUCUGCCAUUUUUGAGUACUUGAAUGAGAUCGGAUUUCUUUUCUUAAUGACUCACCAGAGGAGAGGAAGAGAGAGGUUUUUUGCUUGUAUCUUGCAAAUUUUUCCCCUGAUGAUUAGUAAGAUGUUAAAGGAGGCAAAGUCGUAUGAAACUAGGUAAUCCAGUUAUUCCACCACGCUGGGUCAAUUUCAUGGAUGGGAAGGCACAGAUUUCUGUUUCUAUCAAGUUCAGUUUGUUUAAUGUUUUUUAUAAUGAUUUUUAAAUUAUGUUACAGGAUUGUUUGAGAAUAGGAAAACUGUUACGCAGGUGAAUGGAUCGAAUAAAUAAUAAUUUUUAUGAUCA